CCCCUCCCCGGCGCCGUGGGUGACGUCAGUGCCGCGCGCCUGUCACCCAGGCUCCCUCCCGUCGGCGCUGAGCUGUAAUCAAGGCCCUGCUGCAGAGGGAGGCGCUGCUAUUGCUGAUCUUCCGGAAAGAAGCUUUUGGCGCUUACCCGCCCGCCCGCUCGGCCCGGUCGGCACUGCGCUCGGAAGCCAUGGAGCUGGCGGACGGCGUGGUCUACCAGGAGGACCCGGGCGGCCCCGGCCCGGCCAUGAUGUCGGAGCGGGUGUCGGGGCUGGCGGGCUCCAUCUACCGCGAGUUCGAGCGGCUUAUUGGGCGCUACGAUGAGGAGGUGGUGGCCGAGCUGAUGCCGCUGGUGGUGGCCGUGCUGGAGAAUCUGGACUCGGUGUGCGCUCACAGCCAGGAGACCAGCGUGGAACUGGAGCUGCUGCGGGACGACAACGAGCAGCUCCUCACCCAGUACGAGCGGGAGAAGGCGCUGCGGAAACAGGCCGAGGAGAAAUUUAUUGAAUUUGAAGAUUCUCAAGAACAAGAAAAGAAGGAACUGCAGAUAAAAGUUGAAGCUUUAGAGUCGCAAACUCGGCAACUUGAACUGAAAGCAAAAAACUACGCUGAUCAAAUUAGCAGACUGGAAGAGAGGGAAGCAGAACUGAAGAAGGAAUACAAUGCUCUUCAUUCAAGACAUACAGAGAUGAUUCAUAAUUACAUGGAGCACUUGGAAAGAGCCAAGCUUCAUCAACUGACCGGGGGUGAUCAACUAGAGCCCAUCAUGCACAGUAGAAUUAGAAAGGAGCGUCCUAUAUCACUGGGCCUCUUUCCACUACCUCCAGGAGAUGCAAUUCUUACACCUGACACUCAGAGGGGAGCAGUGGAAACUCCUGGGUCAGACAAUUGGAAGUUCCAUGGACUAAGUCAGCCACGCUCUCACACCAGCUUAAAGGAUGAGCUUUCUGAUAGCCAAGCAGGUUCAAAAUCUACUACGCCGGUAUUGACAGCCGCUUCAAAUGCACUCGCAGCUGCUGAAACCCCCCCGAAUGAAGACGAUGAAGGACUUGUGAAGAACUCAGAGACGGGGAACAUGAAAUUGGACAUAAGUAAACACAUUGAAGUGCAAGUAGCUCAAGAAACAAGAAAUGUAUCUAUUGGUUCUAAUGAAAAUGAAGACAAAUCUGAAGUUCAGGCAAUCAUUGAAUCCACACCAGAGCUGGAUAUGGAUAAAGACCUUAGUGGAUAUAAAGGUUCAAGCACUCCUACCAAAGGCAUAGAAAACAAAGCAUUCGAUCGUAAUACAGAAUCACUCUUUGAAGAGUUAUCUUCUGCCGGCUCUGGUCUGAUUGGGGAUGUGGAUGAAGGAGCAGACUUGCUGGGAAUGGGCCGUGAAGUUGAAAACCUUAUUUUAGAAAACACACAGCUGCUAGAAACCAAAAAUGCCUUGAAUGUGGUGAAGAAUGACUUAAUUGCAAAAGUGGAUGAACUAUCUUGUGAGAAAGAUGUACUGAAAGGAGAGCUGGAAGCUGUCAAACUAGCCAAACAAAAGCUUGAAGAGAAGAACAAGGAAUUGGAGGAGGAACUUAGAAAAGCCCGAGCAGAAGCAGAAGAAGCAAGGCAAAAAGCAAAGGAAGAAGAUGAUAGUGAUAUUCCUACUGCUCAGAGGAAACGAUUCACUCGGGUUGAGAUGGCACGUGUCCUGAUGGAAAGAAAUCAAUAUAAAGAAAGGCUGAUGGAGCUUCAAGAAGCAGUGCGAUGGACUGAGAUGAUACGAGCAUCACGAGAAAAUCCAGCCAUGCAAGAGAAGAAGAGAUCGAGCCUUUGGCAGUUUUUUAGCAGGCUGUUCAGCUCCUCGGGCACUACCACUAAGAAACCAGAACCGCCGGUGAAUGUUAAAUACAAUGCUCCAACCUCUCAUAUUACUCCAUCAGUCAAGAAACGAAGCAGCACUUUAUCUCAGCUACCUAGUGACAAAUCAAAAGCCUUUGACUUCCUCAGCGAAGAGUCUGAGGCCAGUCUUGCCUCACGUAGAGAGCAGAAGAGGGAACAGUACCGCCAAGUGAAAGCACAUGUUCAAAAGGAAGAUGGCAGAGUUCAAGCUUUUGGCUGGAGUCUUCCUCAGAAAUACAAACAGAUUGUGAAUGGCGGUGGCCAGGGUGAUAGCAAGAUGAAGAAUUUACCUGUGCCUGUUUAUUUGAGACCACUUGAUGAAAAAGAUACAUCCAUGAAGCUGUGGUGUGCUGUUGGAGUUAACUUAUCAGGAGGGAAGACGAGAGAUGGCGGUUCUGUGGUUGGUGCCAGUGUCUUCUACAAUGAUGUAGCAGCUCUGGAUGCCAACAGCAACAAACAGAGAAGUGCAUCUCAGAGUAGCCUGGAUAGAUUAGAUCAGGAACUCAAGGACCAGCAGAAAGAACUGAAAAAUCAGGAGGAACUAUCAAGUCUUGUUUGGAUCUGUACUAGCACUCACUCUGCUACCAAAGUGAUCAUUGUAGAUGCUAACCAGCCAGAAAACAUCCUAGACAGUUUCAUUGUUUGCAAUUCUCAUGUACUUUGUAUAGCUAGCGUGCCAGGGGCUAGGGAAACUGACUAUCCUACAGGAGAGGAAGGGUCACAAGAAACGGACUCUGGUCUGGUGGACAAGUCGUCUUUGUGUAGUAGUAUGAACAGCAACAGCUCAGCAGAAACAGACAGUCUGUUAGGAGGAAUCACAGUGGUCGGUUGUACUGCAGAGGGUAUUACAGGGUCUUCUACUUCCCACAACACUAAUGGUACCUCACCUGAGGCAGAUAAAGAGCCAGAGGUUGCAGCUGAAGACGACGAUGCUGUAGAUGAGAAUGUCCAGACAGCAGAGGAAGCAACGGAGGCAACGGAAGUCAAUGCCGGUUCAGGAGAAGAAGGAGUGGAUGUUUCACAAACUGGAGUCUACACAGAGCAUGUCUUCACAGAUCCUUUGGGAGUUCAAGAUACUGUGGAGGGAUCUCCAGCAUAUCUACCUUGCAGUGAAUCAGACUUGUAUAAAGAUGUCGCUGUGUUGCCAAAUGAGCAGGACCUUGUUAGAGAGGAAGCUCAGAAAAUGAGCAGCCUUUUACCGACAAUGUGGCUUGGAGCGCAGAAUGGAUGUUUAUAUGUUCAUUCUUCAGUGGCUCAGUGGAGGAAAUGUGUCCAUGCAAUUAAACUUAAAGAUUCUAUACUCAGUAUAGUACAUGUAAAAGGAAUAGUAUUAGUUGCACUAGCAGAUGGAACUUUAGCAAUAUUUCACAGAGGAGUAGAUGGGCAGUGGGAUUUGACCAACUAUCACCUUCUAGAUCUGGGCCGACCUCAUCAUUCCAUCCGAUGUAUGACCGUGGUUCAUGAUAAAGUCUGGUGUGGCUACAGGAAUAAAAUCUAUGUGGUACAGCCCAAAGCCAUGAAAAUAGAGAAAUCAUUUGAUGCACAUCCGAGGAAAGAGAGCCAAGUGAGACAGCUGGCCUGGGUGGGAGAUGGAGUGUGGGUGUCCAUCCGUUUAGAUUCCACGCUCCGUCUUUAUCAUGCGCACACAUACCAACAUUUACAAGAUGUGGACAUUGAGCCCUAUGUAAGCAAAAUGCUAGGUACUGGAAAACUGGGAUUUUCCUUUGUGAGAAUCACAGCUCUUAUGGUAUCCUGCAACCGGUUAUGGGUUGGGACGGGGAACGGUGUCAUCAUUUCCAUACCACUAACGGAAACUAAUAAAGCAGCGGCAGGUUCUGGCAAUCGUCCAGGCAGCGUAAUACGUGUCUAUGGCGAUGAAAACAGUGACAAAGUGACGCCGGGAACUUUCAUACCUUAUUGUUCAAUGGCGCAUGCACAGCUGUGUUUCCAUGGGCAUCGUGAUGCCGUUAAAUUCUUCGUUGCAGUCCCUGGUCAGGUUAUUUGCCCCCAGACAGCAGGAAGUCCAGAUCUGUCAGGUGAUAAAAUGAUGCUCACAUCACAGGAAUCCAGCAGCCAAACUUCUUUGAAAUCCAUGUUGGUAAUAAGUGGAGGAGAAGGGUACAUUGACUUCAGGAUGGGUGAUGAAGUUGGUGAAUCAGAACUACUCGGAGAGGCGCUGCAACUUGAGCCUUCUGUAGCCAAAGCAGAGAGGAGCCACCUGAUAGUGUGGCAAGUAAUGUGUGGCAGUGACUAGCACUCACAGCUCUGUGGAAAGUGGCUUGAGACUUCAAGAACUUUUUGCAUGACUUUGGUUUUCAUUUUAUUUUUUUGCGAAACCCAUUUCAUCGCGUACAAUUUGAGCAUUCCUUUGCCAUUUGGCUUUAUAUCACAAACCUCUCAAACCUUAACAAUACAGUCAUUUGGUUCAGCCUGUUUAACUGCAUCAAUGUUAUGUAGCAAAAACAGAUGUUUUCCCCCAGACAAAUGGAAGCUCUGCUGCUUUACUGUUUUACACCGUCUCUGUCUGUAGCAGAAUUUGUCUCGUUUGACAAUCUUGCUCUUCUGCCACAAAUUGAUUUUUUUUUAAAGUGCUAGAAGAUCUUUUGUUCAUCUGCGCAACAUUCAUUGAGUAAAACAGCAGUUAUUGUCAGCAAAGUAUUUUAAAAGUAUCCGCUGAAUUAUAACCAAGUUUCAUUCUGCUCAUUCAAUGAGGGCUAAAACAAGUUAUGUCUUUUACAUGGUUGUUUCAGAAUCCCACCAGUCUUGCUGUACUGAAAUGUCCUUUGCUCAUGCCAGAACCCUGAAGAAGUCAGAGGUGAUUAUAUAGACACAGACCAAAAAUGUUUCAUGCUUAAUUAUUGUAAUACACAAGAUGAGGAAAGUACUGUCCCUUGAUGGUGAGGGUUGUGUCCUCUAUGGGGAGAAUCGUUUUCUGGUUUUCUUCCUUUUAUAUUGGGAACGUUUAAAGUCAUCUCAAAGGACAGGGUAAGGAUGAUUUUCCAACUACUUAAGUUUCUUGAGUAGAGGUCAGAUUUUUUUUUUUUUGGCACACCUUUCAUCCGGGACCUUAGCUGGUCAGUUUCAUGGCCGCUUGUGUAGAAGGGCUUCAGCAGUAGAAGAAAAUUGGCUGGAAGCCUUCAUAUCCCCAUAGGGGAGGAGUAGAAAGCCCCUAUCAGGCCUAAAAUGCAUUGUUUUCCAUUAACAAACGAAGCUCUACGUGACAUUUUUAUUCUGUGAACUGAAUAAGCAACGGACAGGCAAUUACUUGCAUUUUUGAAGUCACAUUACUUUAAUUGAAUAAUGCCAUUGUACAGAGUCAGAGAGUCUCCCCCGGAGUUGGAGGAUACCAAGAAAUAACUUCAUACAACUCAUUCUGCCUUCUUGCUAUAUAUAUAUAUAUUUUAAUAUAUGGUAAAAUAUGGGUUGAGUCUCUUCCUUUUGUACAGAGUCCCCAGUUGUUGGCAAAACUCAGUCGAACGCUACACUUUUUAAUUCCUUAAAGGGUAUGAAAUCUUCCCAGUACUAUUUCAUAUCUUGUAGUACGAAUUAAAAGAUUAUUUACUCAGCUACCGCCCACCAAGAGAAUGGGGCUAAUCCUAUUUCAAGGGAGUUGAUAAUAUAGUUAAGUGUCAGAAUGGAAAAAGUUCAAAAGUAUUUAAAAACAAAACGGAGAAAAAAAGAAAUUAAACUAAACUGCCUUGAAAAACUGCCUAAACAUUUUAUGCAGUAUGAAGUCUAUUGUGUAAUCAUUGAUUUAGGCAGCUUUUUAAAAAUGUACAUCUUACCUGAUGAAAUUCAUUAAACUACAUUCAGGUCUCACAGUUAUAGAUUUAUAUGUAAAAGUACUUUUUAAGAGCAUAUUUUGUACACAACUGAUUGGAUCUGGUAAGUAUGUAUUCAGGCCAUCAUGUGUGGUUAAAGAUCAACUGUCUAAUACUUUAGUAGAAGAAUUCCCCCCCUUCCACCAGUAUGCCAAAAGCAAUGAAUGAUCACAGUUUACUCUCAAAAAAUUUAGCUUGACUGAACUGUUCUUAGAAAAUCCAGAUCCAGAGGAGCAUGUGGCUUUAUUGUCUUGCUUUUUUCCCCAAAUAGCAAUCACGCAUACACCAAACUCAUUCUGAGUUGCAACCGCAAGCACUUUUUUUAGAUGGAAUAGAUUAAAAAUAAAUGUUGAAGAUGGGGUUCAGCAAGAAAAAAAUAACGAAGAAGCCUUCACAGCAUAUGAUUCCAAAUCCAUCUUUAGGAUUCUGUGCUGCCCUCUAAGCUUUCCAGACUUGUGGAGCACUUCAUCUCGGGUAUCCAAAUGAAACUCUCACUAUCUCUUCACAGUAGUGUGAGCCUGUUACUCUGGGCAUUGCACACACACCCCUACGCACACACACUUUAUGUAGUGCUUUUAUUUAAAACGACGAUUGUAUGGUUUUUCUGAAGUGCUUCACUGCUUUCAAACGGAUGCAUCUGGGCAGCGUGUUAACGUCUUGCCAGAUCUGUUGGGUAAACUGUGCCAUUCUAUUCUCUUUGGAUCAGCUGCUAUUUACAGUAAAAGAGAUGAGAGCUCAGCAGAGACUUAAGUGCUAUUAUCAGCACAAGCAAAGGACUGACAUACAUUCUCUUGCCCUUAUUUAAUUUUAAAAUGUAGCCCCCUGUCCUUAUGAAUGCUUAAUUUAGAGGGUGAAAGUCAUUACAUUCACUGAGUUUUAUACACUCCCUGUUGCCAAGCACUUUUAAGGGUAGGUUGUAAAAUGUGGUAAUCUCGUGCAUCAGACGAUUGCCUAAAAACACAGUCUCAAGAAUGUCUUAUCAUAUACUAAUAGGUUUUGUUUGUUUGUUUUUUAAAAAAAUCAGGGCUGGGAAUGAAUCUCUUGGUAGUCAACAGUUUUAUCAAUAGUUUGCGAGAGCAUUUCGAGCACAAAAAUAUGCGGCACAUGGUUUGUCUGAGGUAAAUGUGUCUUGCAUGGUAAAAGGCAAAAACGAAAAAUUAUAUAUCCUGUCAUACUGUUCAUUUCUUGUAAGGCCUUCCUGCAUUGGAUCAGUUAGAGCCGGCAGAGUGUAGACACUUUAUCAUAGGCUGCCUUAGUAACUCAGAAAUGUUUUAUAAUCUUCUAAUAUGCUAACUGUUCUAAAGAACACAGUGUCUUGAAGAUCAUGUGUAACUGAAUAUUUAUUUCCAAGUGAGUAUUAUGAAAGUUACCAAAGGCCUGAAACUGACUUGGCACUCUUGGAAUUGACCCUUGUGCAUACAGGAUCUUGUGAAGAUCUUAAAUUUGUAAAAAUGACACAGAAUGGAAGAAAAAAACACAUUCUUUGUGGAUGCUAACUAUAUUUUCCUAACAGGGUUAUGCCAUAUUGUAACAAUCUUUGUUGCACCUCAGAAUAUUGUUCUAUACACUAAAUGUUUUUCUUCCUCUUUAAUAAUUUCAUUGCUGCACAUUUCUCAGUCUUUUAAAACAUGUUUUAAAACAUUUUACGGUCUACUUUUUUUGGAAAACGUCUAUAGACACUUUAUGCCGAAUCUUACUUGCCUCUGUAACCUUGAGAUGGAUACUGCAGCGUUAAACUUGCUGUCUGUUUAAAACUUGAGGCUUCUUUUCUGUGAGCCGGAAAAGCUCACAUAGCAGUGAAGUUAUUUCAGUAUUUAUUAUUGAAUCCUUGGGGGUUCAGAAUGUAACUUUGUACAUGAAAUAUAUAUAUAAAUAUGUAUAUGAAACACA